AUGGCUCUUUUCAAAAAUUGUUAUGAACAUUUCAAAGGCAAAUUUUCUAAAUAAUACAUUUCUGCUCAAACUCCAAAAAUGCAUUAGAAAAAAAAAGUGCUUGUUUUAGAUUUAGAUGAGACUUUAGUUCAUUGUGAAUUUAAAGAGAAUCCUAAUUUUUAACAUGAAGCCAUAUUAAAAGUUAUUCAUAAAGGAUAAGAAUAUAAAGUUUACUUAAGAACUAGGCCACAUUUAAAUAAAUUUUUAUUAGAAGCUAGUUAAGAUUAUGAAAUCAUUAUCUUUACUGCUGGUUAUGAAGUAUAUUGUGAAAAAGUUUUAGAGCAUAUUGACAAAGAUAGAUUGAUUUCAGAUUAUUAUGCAAGAGGAAGUUGUUAAUUUAUUAAUGGAGUUUGUUUUAAAGAUUUAUUCUUACUAGAUAGAUUGAUGGAAGAUAUAAUUUUUAUAGAUGUAAACUUGCAAUAAAUAUUAGAAUAAUCCUAAUGCUUUUGACAGAUGUCAAGAAAAUGGAUUACUAAUACCUUCCUAUCUUGAUUCAGAUGAUGAUGAUUGUCUAUUAAAAUUAAUUCCUUUUCUUAAAUUUCUAUCUAAGAAAAAAGACUUAAGACCAAUUAUGUAACAUCUUCAUUCAUAUGAAAAUAACAUUGGAGCUACAUUAUUUACAGAUAACUAAAAAACUUUAGAAAUAUAAAAAGAAGCAAUGGAUGAUGAUUCUCUAAGUGAAGAUAAUGUAGUUAAAAAAGAAAUUGAUAUUACAGAUUUAGAUAUUAAACAUAAAAAAACUUAAACUCAUUUUGAAAUAGUUUCUAAAGUAGGUAAUAAAAUAAGAAGUGCUACUCUAUUUUCUGGAUGA